UCACAUCCUCUCGGAGCGAGCGGGGUGUAAACUUCCAUUUGAGGCGGGGAAAGAGGUGAGAGUCCGAGCGGUCCCACGCAGACCCUGUCAAAGCUCCGCGGAGGGACUCCGGUGGUUUUAUUGUCUGCCUCUCCGCAGCUCGGACGGAGCCUCCCAGCCCGAAACCCUGUGAGCCGGAGGACCUGUUCGCCGCGAGCUCGGCCUGAUCUGCUCCCACGCGACAGAGAGGGCAGAUCGCCCGUCGAGGAGGAGGAGGAGGGGGGGGGGAGUGUCACCUUAGGGCCUUGUAGAUUUUCCACGGAUUUAUUUGGACGUUUGAUUGGCUGCCUGCAAUGUCCCGGAAAAAUGAAAAUCCUUCAGUGGGAAAAGUCUUUGUGGAUAUUUGCUGAGAAGGUAACUGCUCGAGGUGUUGUACCUUGAACACACAUGGGCCUAUAGGGAGCGGGGUGUCUGCACGAGGCGGAGGGGCCUGAUCAUUCUUCACGAUAGGCCCGCUCCAAAAUUUAAUAUCUCUCGUAUCCUCGUAUUAAUUAAUAUAAUCUCGUAUCCUGCUAAUUUCGUUGAAACGACGGACAACAUGGGCUCCGAAAUCCACCCAAACGCAGAUUCCUGGCACCGCAUGAAUACAGCUGUAAUCACCGAGGGAGCCUCAAGUACUUAAAUGGCCUAUCACGAGCGAUACAAUCAAGCUCCUUUAUGUUUCAAGAUCAGCUGCAACUUCUGCUCAUUGUCUCCUGUGAAUUGACCGAUCUCCAAUUGGGCCUCUUCACGCUGGAGAUUUUCGAUUUUCGAUUAUACGGCUAUUGAAAUCGGAAUGUGCCAUUUUGCUGAUGGCCCGGCGCCUUCCCUUGAUUGACGGUUGAAAUUGACACUCGAGUUGCCUCUCAUCCCGAGCAUUUCAAGCUAUCACUAAUUGCAGGGUUUAAAUGCGGCAGAAGCCGUUGUUGGUUGUUUUGGACCGGAUAUAGCUUGAAGGGUGGGUUUGGUGGUGUAGGGAUGCGUAAUGCGCAGAGCAGGGCGCGGAGUCGGCUCCAUCUUCUCUCCAAAUAGGCACCGUUCAAGACUGGAAAAUGUCUGAAUCGGAGGUGAAGAAGGAGUCGAGCGAGUGCAGCCCUGCGGAGCCUCCCUGCGCGUGCUCUCCUCCCGCGCGGCCGUCCGCCAGCCACCAGUGCGCCAGCUGCGGCAUGGACAUACACGACCGGUACCUGCUCAAGGUAAACAACCUGACCUGGCACGUGGGCUGUCUGGAGUGCUCGGUCUGCAGAGCGUCACUGCGUCAACACAACAGCUGCUACGUCAAAAACAAAGAAAUCUACUGCAAGCUGGAUUAUUUCAGUAGGUUCGGCACCAAGUGUGCGCAGUGCGGUCGCCAGGUGUACGCCAGUGACUGGGUGCGGAGGGCCCGCGGAAGCGUCUACCACCUUGCCUGCUUCGCCUGCUUCUCCUGCAAGAGGCAGCUGUCCACCGGGGAGGAGUUCGGCCUGGUGGAGGGCAGAGUGCUGUGCCGGAGCCACUAUGACAUGAUGCUGGACAACCUCCGCAGGGCCGCCGAAAACGGGACAGGACUGACCCUGGAGGGAGCUCUGCCUUCUGAUCAAGAUGGCCAACCCAAACCAGCCAAGCGGGCCCGGACCUCCUUCACCGCGGAGCAACUGCAGGUAAUGCAGACCCAGUUUGCCCAAGACAACAACCCUGACGCCCAGACAUUACAGAAGCUGGCAGAAAUGACAGGACUGAGCAGACGAGUCAUACAAGUUUGGUUUCAGAACUGCCGAGCGCGACAUAAAAAGCACCCCCCUCAGAACAGCGCUUACUCUCAGAACGGCCCGCAUUCUCGAAUGCCUCCAUCGCUGCAGGAGGAGCUGCACUACUCUCCGUUCAGCAGUCCUGACAGGCCGCACCUGCUGGCCCUGCACGGCUACCUGGACAGUCAUCCCUUCUCAGUGUUAACGGCACCCAACCACCUGACGCAUCCCUCCAUCCCCUUACCACAGCUGCCCAUCAGCCGUUGAUCUCGGCCAUUGACCCCCCCCCCCCCCACCUCCUUCCAGGACAUUCUGCACAGCAGUCCGCUUCAUUUGGGAGUCUAACCCUGGGAUAGCACCACCUACUGCUUACUGUGUUCAAUAACAUUGGAUAUCUAUUUGUCAGACUAUUGAACCAACGGAGAAAUAGCCUCCACCUCUGCACGGGAGUUACUUUGGAUACAGAUGUCUCCCCCCCCUUUUUUUUUUUUUAAAUGGGACACAAAAAAAACAUUGACUCUAGGCUGGACUUCUUUUCUCUCUGUGUUCAUCCAUUCCCUCAAGGUAUUUUAAAGCCUCAAAUAUGAGCUUUCAAAAAAAAGAAAAAGAAAAGAAAAGAAAAAAGCAAGGCUAGACAGCAGUGUUUAAACCUCAACUUUUUUCUGUAUUGUGUUGAAGACAUUUGCAGCUUUAUUGUUGUAUGUUGUCGUAUCGUUGCAAGAAAAUGGGAGUGGCUUUAUUUAUUCAGCGAGAACCUUGACAGAAAGCACUUUUAAAUGUCUUGAAAUGGAAUAAGUCAAUGAUUGUACAUUGUAAGUACUGCUAUUGUCAAAUAAAGUGUAU